AUGUUGUCUGACAAACCCCAACCAGGAGACUAUCAGGUGGAAUAUUCCAAGAGUAAUCGAUCCAAGUGCAAACUCACCGGAAACACCAUUCCAAAAGAUGCUCUUCGUAUUGGAAAAAUUGUUCAAUCACAAUCCUUUGAUGGAACUUAUCCAGUGUGGUAUAACUUUGAUGAUUGGAAAGAGGAUAAAAAACUUGUCAAGGAAUUUCAAACCAAAUGUAAAAAAGUUUGGGGUUUGAACAAGCUCCGUAUGGAAGAUCAAGAACGUGUUCAAAAAUUAAUGAAUGUGAAUGGUGGUUCAAGUGGUGGUAAUAUAGUCUCUCCAGAAGAUCUUGCUGCAUCCUCUUCUCCUGAACAAGUACAAAAAAGGAAAGAAUUUGAAGAAGAAAAUAAGAAGAUUUGGCAAAUCAAGGAUGAAUUAAAAAGAUUGAAAUUAUCUUCUCUUCGUGAAAUGCUUUCUGAAAAUGGACAAUCAGAAAAAGGUGGUGAAGAUUUAUUGAUUGAAAGAUGUGCAUUGGGAAUGAUGUUUGGAUGUUUACCAGAAUGUCCAAAUGAGAAAUGUCAAGAUGGAUACAUGACAUUCUCUGGUGGUAAAUUUAAAUGUCAUGGUAAAUUAGAAUGGACAAAAUGUGACUAUUCUCUCACUGUCGAUGAAGCCUUUGAAAAAGCAACGGAUUGGAUCAUUCCAGAAUCCUUGGAAGAUAUUGACUAUUUUGCUAAUUUCAAAUUUGUCAAACACAAAAAGUGUGAUUAUGUAUUGGAGAAUGUCAUGACAAAUACUACAGCAACAACAACAACAACAGAAGGAUCCUCUUCUUCUUCCUCUCAAACAGACAAUGAUGAUGAAAUUGAUCCAGAAAAGGAAAAACUUCCAUUAGGUAAUUACAAAAUUGCCUUAUCUGGAAAAUUGAGUAUGAAACAAAAUGAAAUACAAGACAUUAUUGAAGAGAAUGGUGGUAUCUUUAAGAAUGAUGUAGUUCCAGGAUGUACACAUCUCGUAUGUACCUCAAAAGAAUAUGAAAAAGACACCACCAAAGUGAAGAAGGCUAAAAAACUCAACAUUCUCAUUAUGGAUGAAGAUUUCAUUCAUAUGAGUGCUGAAAAGGAAAAGAAAUUAGAUGAAUCUGAAUAUAAGGAUUAUAUUCUCUACAAUCCUGCGGAUAAGAAGAGAAAGGCAAACAGUAACGGUGGUGAUGAGGAUGAAAAUGAACAAGAAUUACCUAAAAAGAAGAAAUUGACCAUUAAGGGAAGAGCAGCCGUCGAUGAAGAUUGUGAUGAUUCUGAACAUCUUCAUGUCUAUGAAAAUGGCAAUGAUGUCUAUUCUGUUCAUUUGAAUUUGACUGAUCUUCAAACUGGUAUCAAUUCCUAUUACAUUAUUCAAUUAUUAGAACAUGAUCAUUCCAAACAAUAUUAUUGUUUUAGAAAAUGGGGUCGAUUGAAUUCAUCCAUUGGUUCUCACAAGUUGAGUGAACAUGGAACUUCCUUUUACAAUGCUCUGAAUGAAUUCACUAAUACGUAUUAUGAUAAAACUGGUAAUCAUUGGGAAGAGAGACACUGUUUUGAAAAGAAACCAGGUCGAUUCUUUCCAAUUGAUGUGGAUUAUGGUGAUGAUGAUUCUCAAACAGAUUUGGAUGCACUUGAAAAGAAGAUGGAUCAAGAAUAUCAUGGUUCAUUACAUCCUGAAGUAGCAUCAUUGGUCAAAUUAAUCUUUGAUGUCAAGACAAUGAAACAAACAUUGAAAGAAAUGGAAAUUGAUACAGACAAGAUGCCACUUGGAAGAUUGAAAAAGAGUCACAUUUCAAAAGGAUAUCAAGUGUUGAAUGAAAUUCAAAAUUUAUUGAAACAAGUUCGUGAAAAGGAAGGUGUUGAGAAGGGUGGUGGUGGUGGUGGUGUGAAUAUGGACAUGACAAGUGGUGAUGGUGCUGCUGCUGCGAGUAGUAGUAUGGAUGCGAUGGACACAACAACAAGUGGUGGUACAAGUGGUGCUGGUGGUGAUACAACCAUUCCAAAGAAUUCCAUUCAUCAUCAAUGUGUUGAUCAAUUGAAACAACAAUUUCUCACUCUUUCGAACAAAUUCUAUACCAUCAUUCCAACAAGUAAUCCUGAAAUUAUUGAUGAUGAAAAUUUAUUGAAAGAGAAAAUCAAAAUGAUUGAAGCAUUACAAGAAAUGGAAAUUGCAACUUCUCUUCUUAAAAGUGAUUCCAAUGAUCCUAACACAAUAGAUCCAUUGGAUGGUUAUUAUAAGAAAUUAGCAACUCAUCUCACACCUCUUAAAAAGGAUUCUGAUUUGUUUGCAAUGGUGAAUGAAUAUUUACAAAAUACUCAUGCAUCGACUCAUAGAGAAUAUUCAUUGGAAUUAAUUGAUGCAUUUGAAGUGGAACGUAUUGGUGAAAGUGAAAGAUUUAAAGCUUUUGAGAAUUUACAUAAUCGACAAUUAUUAUGGCAUGGAUCGAGAGUGAGUAAUUUUGGUGGUAUUUUAUCACAAGGAUUAAGAAUUGCACCACCAGAAGCACCUGCCACUGGAUACAUGUUUGGUAAGGGUAUUUACUUUGCUGACAUGUCCUCCAAAUCAGCCAAUUAUUGUCGAACAAGUCCUGAUGCCAAUGUUGGUAUCUUGUUAUUGUGUGAUGUUGCACUUGGUGAAAUGUAUGAACGUUUACAAGCUGAUUAUAUUGAGAAAUUACCAAAAGGAUAUCAUUCAUGUUUUGGACAUGGUAAAACUGAACCUAAUGACUCGAUGGCAAAAUAUAUUUGUGAUGGAAAAGUGAAAGUACCACUUGGAACACCAACUGCCUCCAAAGUACCACGUCAUGCUGCUCUUUUGUACAAUGAAUAUAUUGUCUAUGAUAUUGCUCAAGUGAAUAUCAAAUACUUGUUGAAGGUGAAAUUUAAUUACAAGAGAGGAUAUUGA